UCAUGCAUGUUCCGGACAUAAGGACUCAUUGCCAAAGUUGCUGUUGUCAUUACAAGCGAUAAGUCAUACAACUAGAGAGCCGUGAUACAAAUGGAUUAAAAUUAGUUUAAUUUUGACGUACCAAUACGUCAUUGGCGGAUUUGAUCAGUUCGACUUUCACAUACCAGUACGUCAUGGAUUGCGAAUGGGUUAAAGUUAAAACAUCUGCUACACUAAUAGUUUUUCAACAUAAAUAGGUUUUAAUACUAUUUAUUUAUUUGUAGAUAAAUAUUAGUUGUAUUUAAAAGUAUAUGAUCUCUAACCGGCCAUCUACAAAAAAAGAUUAUGAUGUAUUAUUUGAUGUACCUGUCUGAGCUCAAAUAUACUGAACAAGAAUGGAAAAGAUAAGAAUUGACGAGGAUAAUUUUUGUUACGAAUUCUUCAAUUCGUUCCAAAUAUCAGAUUGUUACCAGCGUAAAAUUCGGUCAUUAAAAAUCGUCAUUUAUUUGAUAAUUUCAAGGGAGGAUGAUAGAGAUUGGACAAUAUUUGCGUAGUUCAUAAAAUAUUUGUCAAACUAUUAAGUUGUUGACAUAUGUGGAUUUUAUUACUGUUUUGUAAAGCAUUUAGUCAGCUCACGCGAUAUUGUCGUGGUUGCGGUUAAUUUGUCAACUGUCAAAUUUAAUAUGAAAGCCAAGGAGUGAUGCGACGUGGUAUUUUUGUGCUUACGUUGUCUUCGUCUUUCAUAAGUUAAAUUUAACAAAUUCAAAUCAAGAUAUCUGCCACGAUAAUGUCUUUUCGUUAUAAAUAGAUUAAUAUCUGUUUUGUAGAAAAUGUCCAGUUGGUCCAACUAAUGUCAUACAAAAUAUACGGUGCCAUUUAAAAGAAUCAAGGUUACCUCGAUAUCUCAGAAAAUUUAAGAUAUUAGAAAAUACAAUUGCGCUCAUUCGAUGAGUUCCAUGAAAUGCAGCAUAAAUCAUUUAAGACAUUUUUUGAUAUAACCAAUAUGUAACGAGUUAUUUUAGGUAGUACUUCUCACUGAUUCGAUUCACCCUGUAUAAGAUUCGCAAUAAUACAAUCGGUUAAAGAGAUUCCAAAACUGAAAUGGUCUUUUUAAUUCAAUGAUGAAUGAAUUACGGGACUUUCACAUACAGGAUUUAAUCACGAAGUUCUUUGGAAUUGCAUCGGAGAUGGUCCUCGUGUUGCAACUGACACCCGCCGGUGUCUUAGUACCCUAUCUCGAAAUAACGCAAUCUAAGAGAAAGCAGACGUACUUCUUGAAGAGGAAGCCCCAAAAGGUCACUGAGGAUAACUACAAAGAUUUGUUGAUACCAGGUGACAUGGCGCCGAAUCCAAUCGAGGAACUGGCGGUGCUUGAAGAAGAUGCAUACGUACCCAUUUUAUCUAAUCCAAAAAAUCACGUUGGGUGGCCGGAAGUUGUUCGGAAAGAUGUUAAGAAACAAGUAUACGAUCUUCGAAGUCUAAUCUGGCAGGUGAAAGGAAAAAUAACAGGACAAACUUUACUACCAAUGCCAAUGGGUAUCGAAGAAAUUCUUGAUCAGCAAUUCAAUUCUAAAUUAGAGUCUCCUAAAUUACUCCAAGUAAAGAACAACAUAGAGGAAAUUGUAAUAAAAUGGGCGACACAAAUUAAUGAGAUCCUCAACGUAGAGUUCUCAAAGUUUUCAACGAAUGAAAAGGAAAUUCCUGUGUCCGAGUUGGUCUAUUGGAACAUGAGACUAAAGAAUAUGGAAUCGCUUUAUUAUCAAUUAAAAGACCCAAAAGUACGACAGAUGGAUUUAUUUCUAGAAAAAAUGGAAAGUCCAUAUUCGGUGUAUUUCAAAAAUUUAGUAAAGAACGUGACUGCAUCAUUGUUGGAAACAAGGGAUAUAAAUCUUUACUUGAAACCUCUGGAAAUGUAUUUCAAUGAAAUUGAAAACGUUGAGUUCAGAGAUAUAAUAUGGAAAUUAAAGUUACUGUUUCACUGUGUUUGCUUAAUGUGGUCGAACUCGAAAUAUUACUCUAUGGAAAGAAUUAUUGCUCUGUUACGGGAAAUUUCAAAUUUAUUAAUUUCUCAGGCAGUGAAACAUAUAAAUCCGUCAACUUUAUUCGAAGGAGAUAUUGAAGACAACAAAGCGAAGAUAGCGGAGGUAAUACCGACGCUCAAUAGUUAUCAAGAAUUGUUUCGAUCAUAUAAAGAAAAAGUAGAAACUUACUUUAAGUCGCAAGAACCUAUACUUUGGACGUUUCACGAGAAGCUAGUUUUCGAAAGGAUUCAUAUGUUUGAGAAGAGACUUAAAGAAAUCGAGGUUUGCUGAAUAAUAUCUAUAAAUACUUGCUUUUAAUUUAUCAACAUUUAUGCCGUUUAAACAAAGUCAAUUUUUAUCGAUAUGAAGAAACGACAGUGAUUAACAAAAGAAAAUUGUAUCUAAAGUUAUAGGGAAAAUUUGAUUACUGACCAUUUUUUGUUAACUUUUGUUAUUGUUCAGUAAGUUUCGUUGAUAAAACUGGCAAAUAAAGCUGGUAAAGUUUCGUUGUUUAGGGGACCAACCUCCAAUGACCUUAACCUUCACAUAUGUCACCCUCGUGAGUUAUCUUCAGAAGGUUAUAGCUGUUACUAGUUGUUUGUAAAAGAUAUUAACGCUUCAUGUGGAAAUGGAGGUACAAAUGCUGGACCUACCACUGUUUUAUUCCAUAUGGGUCAGGUUAGGAUAGGCGAGGUAAAAAUGCCGAAACCUAACCUGAACCUAGUUGAUGAUAAAAUAGUUAAGAGAUUCAUAUUAGUUACUGCAGUAGUUUACUCGCGCAUUCUUGAGUUUCUACACGUUGGCAUUCAAAACAGUGCACUGUAUUGCGUUUUCGGAUAAAAUUUGGAAUAAUUUUCCACCAACUAUUAUGUUUUUUCGAUCGCAAUUCCUGGGAUUUUGUGCGUUUUAUUCUCUGAUAUGGAAGAGAUUCGUAUUAGACGGUAUUGGGUUGAACGGAAAAUUCGUUUCCUCUUUAAGGACAAUCUAAAAUUUCUCCUUUACAUGUAUUGUUUUCAAUCAAUAUAAUGUACAAUACAAAAAUGUAUAUAUAUAUAGCCAUACUUUUGUAAAAAACUUUGUUAUUCUACUGGCGUAGAAUCGCUUAGUCUUCCGAGAAAAAGAAACGUUCCAGUUUGUUUUUGCAGCAUUCCAAAGAGACAACUUCUAAUUGUCAAGAUAGUUUUGUAACGGGUGGAAUAAGUGACAAGUUGCACCGAUAUUUGUCGUGUGACGUUUGACACAUGUAGUCAGUCAUAUGUAGUAGAAAACAAAAAAUGCUUUUGAAAAUGUUUCUUUUAUAUAAUACAGUUAACUAUUAACCAAUCAUCAGUAUCAGGUUACAUCAAUUACAUUAAACUUAAUGGUUAUGGUUUAAAUCCAAAUUCAUCUAGUUACGGAAAACGAAACGAACUUUCUGUUCAAGCCAAUAGCUUAAACAGCGUAGCCGGCAAUGAACGAAUUGACGCAAACCAAAGUCAAAUCAAAGUGAAACGAAAAGCGUGGGAAUAUCUAGCGUCGAAAAGGUUCGUUCUACUUGCAAGAGUAUU